AUUUUUAGUCUUAAUUUUUAGAAUAUGCUAGGGCCGUGGAUUACCUGUAAACUAGCUGAUUAGCUAAGCGUAACUCCACGUUAAAUUAAGUAUCGUAUCGUAUCGUUGCACGUUAAAAAAGAUACUCUCUCUUCAGUCUUUCGUUUCCUAGCGUAUGACGCGAAUACAAUUGACACGCAUGCGUAUGACACGCAUACACCAAUGCAAACAAAAGGAGAACGAUUAUGCGGCAAGAAGCGCGGGCGCGAAAAGGUUUUUCUGCUGUCUCGCCUCAUUCCCUUCUCGUUUCUUUCCCUAAUUUGCGUAAUUUCAACUUUUCAAUAUACGCGGAGUAUACGAAAAUCGACUGCCCGUAGUCUAAGUCGAGUCAACGAGAUGGGGAAGAUCUGCGAACGAGAUUACAGGAAUCCCUUAUUCCUGGACGAUCAAGAAACCAGUAUACGAAUUUUGAAGGAAUGGCGCUUUUUCUGAUUUCUAACAACUUGAAUUCUUAUUUUUUUUUGUUAUUAGUCAGGAACAUCUUAACCCUCUAAGAAUAUUCAUUGCUGGAGGCAUCACUGGCAUGGCGUGCUGGGCUUGCACUCUUCCCGCCGACGUGCUGAAGUCACGUGUUCAAAUAGCUCCAGAAGGAACUUAUCCAAGAGGAGUCAGAGAUGCUUUCAGACAAUUAGUGAAGCAGGAAGGCGUGGCUGGUCUAUUUAAAGGAGUAGUUCCUGUCAUGAUACGCGCUUUCCCGGCAAACGCGGGAGUUUUCCUUGGUUACGAAAUCGCAAUGAAGUUCUUCAGCUGGAUUUCACCAGAGUAAAGAGCUGAGAGAUCUGUAUAUAGUCAGUUGAACGGAAUCACCUUCCAGUUUCUCCUGGAGAUGUCAGACAAAAUCAGUCAUGCGAGUUGUGAGAAGAACUACACUUAUCACAAACGGACAUAUAAUCAAAUUCUCCUAUUAAGUAUUAUAUCGAAUAUGCGGACGAGGAAGGAGAAUUUCUAUGUUGAAAAUACAAUUUGUUCUGGCAACGCAGGUAUACUAGGAACUGCUUCGAAAACCGAUAUGUGCAAAAACGCUUUGUUGGAAAAAGGCUGCUAUAGUAUAGCUACCGUAUCUCAAAAGGCUCGUCCUAUUGCUUCGUUUUCGAACGAAAGCGUUUGGUCUCGUUUUGAAACAGACGCAUUCAAUGACCAAAAUAUGGGCUAUUUGUUUCUGUAACUUGUCAUUCUUAUCUCCAGAGCUCUUAUUAUUUUGCGUAGUAAGAGAAAGAGAGGACUGGGAUCCAUAAUGAAGGCUCACUCCUUUGUCUUUGUGUUUUAGGAUGCCAGUGCUGUCUUCUUACAUAUAAGCAGAUGUUGUCUUUUAUUAUUUUUGUUGUUUGUUUUUGUACCAGCCUAACUAUAUAUUUGCCAUCAGGGCCAGGGCCGGUGACUUAGUGUAGAGAGAAAACAAUUAUGCCAUGCGUAUUUUAAGGAAAAUGAACUUCGCAAUCCGCUGACAUGACUCAUGUGCGUGUGUAAUUUGAUGUGAACUUUGUUUUCUUUUUGCAAGUCUUGCACCUCUCCUGCUGUCUACUGAUACAUUUGCAUUUGAAAACGCAUUCUUGUUUACGCGUUCUCGCCUACCGUCCGCACUACGCCGGAGAAAUUUGAACGCGCAGCUUUAUUUCUACAAUUAGGCCUACCG